GUUACCCAUGCGACCGGAGGCGCACCGGCUCCAUAGACGAGCAACAGCGCACUAUGGCCUCGCUCUGAGCCGCUCAUACGGCACUAGUGUACAUACCUGACCGGCAAUCCGUCACCAUCCACGCCUUGAUCAUGGACCUCCGGUCCAGAGGCUUUUUUCGGGGUCAUCGGAGUUAUCAGUAGUACUCCUGGAGUACUAUAUUAUUUGAUUUCGAACACUGUCACUUUUGCACGCCCGGGGAUUUAAACCGAAGUGACAGCAGCAGCACUCACCCCAUCUGCCGGUUAGCAACCUAGCUCGCUAAGUCAUUAGCCAACAAGGGCAUCUCUUUUCUUUCGGAGUAAGGACAAGAUAACUACAGAACCACUACUUUUAUUAACAAGGAGGUCAACAGAAGUCGAUUGCCGAAUUCUCAUCUUACAACACAUUCACUACUUAUACCUGGUUGGCAGCACAACGCCACCCUGAUGCAGAACCAUAAAAGAACGUGAAAUGAACAAACCACCACAGCCUAUAACGGGACCUGCUUCUGUCCCUAACCCUGCCCCUUCCCCUGGACUGACACAGGCCGCCUACGGUCCUGGACAGCCCCCUUCUCUAGUUUUUGCCACCCCUCCACCUCCACAAAUGACAUCUGCACCACAGCCAAGACAGUUUGCUGCAGCGCCCCGUACUUUACACCAACAGGGUGGAUACAGAGCAUUACAGGGCUACUAUCAGAGCCGACCAGGCAUGGCCACCAGUGCUCCGAGAGUACAGACCAGUAGCGGCACUCGACCUGUUGGACCUGCUCACGUCUACCAGGCUGGAUCCCAGAUAAUGAUGAUGUCCCAGCAGCCAUUGUCUUUUGCUAGCUCUCCUCAGGGUUACUUCAUUCCUCCCCCUGGACAGUACCGAGCCCAAUACAUGCCUACUACUCAGCAGUACCCCGUUACUAGUGGUACAGCAAGCUUCUAUCCUGGAACAAGUCCUGCUGAAUAUUCUCCUUAUGAGCCCUCUCUUGCUGCGAGGGAGAGGCGGGGUGGUGGGGGGAGAGGGGGCGGGCGUGAGAACGGCCGUCUCUCUCUCCACGGCGCUCCUCUCACCUCCCAGCGCUACCCCGCAGGCGCAUACUAUCCCGCUCAGCCGCAGUACUCUCCAUCGGUCCAGCCUGCACAAGUCAUGAUAACCCCCACCCCGCAACAGCAGCAAGCUCCACCUCCUCAGCAACCAUCAGCACAGCCACCGGGCCCAGUAAAGAGGGAACGCAAACCGAUAAGAAUACGAGACCCCAACCAAGGUGGCCGUGAUAUCACAGAGGAGAUAAUGUCAGGUGGAAGGUCCUCCACCACGCCGACUCCCCCACAGGCCUCAUUAGCAGAUGUAAGUCCUGCACAGACCAACGGAGAAGUUAUACAGCCUGUUUUCACAGUGACAAGAAGAGAAGAAAAUGUGGAGCCAUCUCCAUGCACAGAAAUGUCUCCACCUAAUGUGGUAGCAGGCAUAGAGCCAAUCGAUGAGGCCAAAGAUGAAAUGGACAGCCGGUUGACACCGCCUGCAGAAUUAGCUGUACAAUCUGUAGCCACUGUAGUUGCAGCAGAGGUGCCAUCACCACAGAUAAAGGAUCAGCAGUCUCCCUCCUCGCUCUCUUCUGUAGCAGCAUCUACUACUCCCACACCUGUUGAGGUGGUAAAUAAAGCCAGUCCUAAAGCGGGUGACACAGUAGAUGCUCCUGUCAGCCCUUCAACAUUGGUAGCAGCACAAGAGGCUCCUUUGAAGGAAGAGGAAAUCCCGAUUCCCCCAGUUGAGAAUGCCCCAGAAAAGGAGGAAAAGAAAAUGGAGGAAGUGAGAAAAUCUGAGAUAGAGGAGCAAGAGAUUAGCACCAAGUUACAGCCGGCAGUUGACGUUGCAGCAACAGUUUCUCCUGUCCAUGUGGAAAAAGAAACUGCUGCAAAGAUGCCAAGCGAAGUGUGUCAACCUACACCCCCCGCACAGGAACCAGAUACGCCACAUAUCCAGACCAGUGCACCCAGCACUGCCCCUGAACCUGAACCCGAACCCACCCUUGUUGAAAGAGCAGAGCCUCUUCUCUCAAACGGCCUUCCUCAGGACAGCGAGGAACUGUCUGAGGAUUCAGACACUACAUCUUUUGACAAGACCAACACUUCUCAACCUCAGGAAUCCACACCUGUGGCUAAAACAAUUGUGCCAGCCCAGGAGGAGGUGGAGAAGAAAGAAGUGAAGGAGAAAAAUGAAGAGGCUCUUCCUGCUUCGGUUAGCUGUCCUCCAGAAAAAUCUAUGCAAGCUGCUAUGACUGUGCCAAAGAAGAAGAAGAACAUGGGGCGGAUAAAUAAGAGAGAGGCCAUUGGAGACCUGCUUGAUGCCUUCACAGAGGAGCAGGGUGCCAAUCCUGUUUCUGAACCUUCUUCCACUCAGGCCGACCCUGUCCCUGUUGCUCCAGCUGAACCUCCAGCUGAACCUCCAGCUGAUGCUGCGGAUGACACAUGGGAGGAGAAAGAGGACAAGCAGAAUGCAGAAUCGGACAGUCUUGAACCCAACACAGAAUCAGCUGAUCAGAAAUAUCAGUACAAAGAAGAUCAAUGGAAACCAAUAAACCCUGAGGACAAGAAGCGGUACGACAGGGAGUUUCUCUUGGGCUUUCAGUUCAUCAGUGCAAGUAUGCACAAACCCGAGGGUUUGCCUGUCAUCAGUGACGUGGUCCUGGACAAGGUAAACAAGACUCCACUGAGACCUGCUGAUCCAGCCCGACUUAUGAGUGUUGGUUCAGAUUUUACUCCCUCUUAUUUGGGGAAUCUUGGAAGCAGAUCAGUGGGAGGACCACGUGGUCCGCCCCCAGGGCCACGUCGGUCCCAACAGGGUCAACGGAAAGAACCCAGGAAAAUCAUUAGCAGCAUGUCCCUCAACGACGACGUGCAGCUCAACAAGGCCGAGAAGGCCUGGAAGCCCUCUAUGAAGAAGCCCAGUCGUAGCAAUGCUCCUGAGGAAGAUGAUGAUGACAGCCCUGAACAUUUAAAGACUCAGGAUGUGUUCAAGCGUCUGCGCAGUAUCCUCAACAAGCUGACACCACAGAAGUUUCAGGAGCUGAUGAAGCAGGUCACAGACCUGACGAUAGACACGGAAGAGAGGCUGAAAGGAGCAAUUGAUCUUAUCUUUGAGAAGGCCAUCUCAGAGCCCAACUUCUCUGUGGCCUAUGCCAACAUGUGCCGCUGCCUUAUGGGGUUAAAAGUUCCCACCACAGACAAGCCAGCGGUCUAUGUAAACUUCCGCAAACUGCUGCUGAACCGCUGCCAGAAGGAGUUUGAAAAGGACCAGGACGACGAUGAGAUCUUUGAGAAAAAGCAAAAAGAGUUAGAAGCUUCCAAAGAUGAUGAAGAACGUGAGCGCUUGAGGGUGGAAUUGGAGGAGGCCAGAGACAAGGCCCGUCGUCGCUCUCUGGGCAACAUAAAGUUCAUAGGCGAGCUCUUUAAGCUGAAGAUGCUGACGGAAGCCAUCAUGCAUGACUGUGUAGUGAAACUACUGAAGAACCACGAUGAAGAGUCUCUGGAGUGUCUCUGCAGGCUGCUCGCUACGAUUGGCAAAGACCUAGACUUUGAGAAGGCCAAGCCUCGUAUGGAUCAGUAUUUCAACCAGAUGGACAAGAUCAUCAAAGAGAGAAAGACCUCGUCCAGAAUCCGCUUCAUGCUGCAAGAUGUUUUGGACCUAAGAAGGAAUAACUGGGUGCCUCGUAGAGGAGACCAGGGUCCUAAAACAAUUGACCAGAUCCACAAAGAGGCAGAGAUGGAGGAACACAGGGAGCAGAUUAAAGUCCAACAGCAGCUGCUGUCCAAGAAAGACAGUGGAGGAGGCAGAAUGGGAGAAAAUAGGGGGGGCAGAGGGCCUCACAAUCCAGGCGGCGGCCGGGUUAGCCAGCCUCAGGAUGAGGGGUGGAACACCGUGCCCAUCUCUAAGAACAGACCCAUUGACACCAACCGUCUUAGCAAGAUCACAAAGCCUGGUUCUCUGGACUUCAACAACCAGCUGUUGGCUCCAGGUGGUAAAGGCAUGUGGGGUAGCUGGGGCAAAGGCAGCAGUGGUGGAACUGGAGCUAAACCAGCCAGUGGAGAGCAGGAUUCUGGUCGUCCAACCACAAGCACCCUCAACCGUUUCUCAGCUCUGCAGCAGUCUGGUUCCUUGAUGUCUUCAGCAGACUCUGAUCGCAGAGUUCCUCAAAGGUCAAGCUCCAGCCGUGAGCGCGGCGGGGACAGAGACAGGAACGACAGAGAUAGGUUUGACCGGUUUGAUCGCAGCGAGGGACGAGAAGGUAGAGACGACAGGAGCAGCAGGAACCAGAUCACCAAGAGAAGCUUCAGCAGAGAGUCGCGGGAACGCGGAGAGAGGGGAGGUGACAGCCGCGGCUCCGCUGAGCCUGUGCGUCGCGUCGCCAGCAUGACCGACGACAGGGAGAGAGGAAGCAGAGACAGAGGAAGCCGAGACAGGGCUCCAAGCAAAGAUCUCACAGUUAAGCGUGAGAGUGCUCCUACUCCUCCUCCUACUCUUUCUAAACCUGCCUUGAGUGAAGAGGAGGUGGAGAAGAAGACAAAUGCCAUCGUCGAGGAAUAUCUUCACAUUAAUGACUUGAAGGAGGCGCUGCAGUGCGUGGCGGAGCUCAACAGCACGCCGCUGCUCUACGUAUUUGUGCGGAAUGGCGUGGAGUCAACACUUGAACGCAGCACCAUUGCUCGGGAGCACAUGGGCCUGUUGCUGCACCAACUUGUUAAAGCAGGGACGUUGCCCAAACAGCAGUUCUACAAAGGGCUAGGAGAGAUCUUGGAGAUAGCAGAAGACAUGGCCAUUGAUAUACCUCACUUCUGGCUUUACCUGGCUGAACUCAUCACCCCAAUGCUCCAUGAGGGAGGCAUCCCUAUGGGACAGCUCUUCAGGGAGAUCUCAAAACCUCUUGUGCCUCUGGGGAAGGCUGGCGUGUUGCUAGUGCAGAUCUUGAAGUUGCUUUGUAAUGGAAUGACCCCUAAGAAGGUUGGAGCCAUGUGGACAGAGGCUGGGCUCAACUGGAGUGAUUUCUUGCCAAAGGAUGAAGAUGUCAACAAGUUUGUUACAGAUCAGAAAGUGGAGUACACCAUAGGAGAGGAGCUGGCAUCAACAGAAGUGAGCAACAAGAAGGUCCUCAGCGGAGACGAGCUCAGCAAACAGCUGGACAGACUGUUUGAGGACAAGGCCGACAACCAGCGUAUCAGAGACUGGGUGGAGGCUAAUUUGGAUGAGGAACAAACUGCUUCCAACCAGUUCAUACGAGCUCUGAUGAUGUCUGUGUGUCAGUCUGCCAUCAUAUGUGACAACCCCUACAGGGUGGACGCUGGGCAGAUCAAUCAGAGGGCCAGUCUGCUGCAGAUCUACCUGUGUGAUGAGCAGAAAGAGCUGCAGGCCCUCUACGCUCUGCAGGCUCUGAUGGUGCACAUGGAGCAGCCAGCGAACCUGCUGCGGAUGUUCUUCGACGCCUUGUACGAUGAAGACGUCAUUAAAGAGGAGGCCUUCUACAAAUGGGAGUCGAGCAAAGACCCUGCAGAGCAAAUGGGCAAAGGUGUGGCCUUGAAAUCGGUCACGGCAUUUUUCACCUGGCUCCGUGAGGCCGAGGAGGAGUCCGACAAAGAGUAAAAGACUGAACUGAACACAGCUUCUCCUCCUCAUGGCAAGGCCAUGGCUCCGCAGGCUGCUGUGGAGAGUUGAAGACAAUGUUGCCAGAGAGGCAGACUCAAAUCAAUCCUCAAUGAGGAUACUUUUUUUUUUCAUGGAGGGACGAACUGAAAAAAAGAAAACGUGUCUCUCUAUCUUCCCUCCUCUGCUUCCUCAUUAUUUCCCCCACCUGCUUGUCACAGCAAGUGUCCUCAUCAAAUAAACUUGAAAACUGAUUCAGCAGGAUUGCUUGUUAACGAGGCGUGAAGUAUCCCACAUCACUACAAACCUCUCCUCUCACAAUAAUUUGAACCGAAAGGCUGCUCCUUUUUAUGGUUCUAAAUUAUUAUAAAGCCUAACAUCCUAUUUGACCUGCAGGAAUAAAACGCAGGGUGUGUGGUGUAGCGAGUUCCUGAUGUUUGGGUAUCAUCAUGCCACAACGUGUGUUCAACCUAGCACAGCUCUUCUCUGUCCCCUACUGGAGUGUGCAGCAUGACUGAAGUGUGUUUCUAUUAAUGAUACGGUGGACGAAACAUUGAUAGACAAAUGUACAUGAACUAAUCUUAAUUUGAUGGUGUUUUUAAAGCAAAGGUUGUCUAUUUUCUCUUCCUGUUUCCUAUCAUGAACUUGCAGAGGUCAAAGACAGAGUUGAUGUUGACCUUUGACCUUGACUACUAGGGGGUGGUCUUAAUGCUUCCUCUAAGCCAUCCUCUCCCAUCCCCAGUAGUGAACCACACUGACUCAUCUUUACCUCUUCUGUACAUGAACCUGAGCUGUUGUAGAGACACUUAAUGACCCAAUCACCGUUAAAACUUGAAAUCUACAGAAAAUUGACUUGAUGAAAUAUAUAAUGGUUUAAGAAAACACAGAAAUGAUCCGGAAGCCUUUUCUACUUUAAGUGGAAACUCAUUUCAGGAGCUUUCUGUAAAUAUAUAAUAAUUAUAACUUUUUUUUUUCAGUUUUAUUUUUCAGAAACGAUAAAUUGCUGAUGUAAUGCAGUGUAUCCUUUUCCAGCAGCAGUUGUCCAGAUGCAGAGAGGUGAUUUAGAUAAUCCACUGAUUAGUUUUAUUGGAAUUUUGUAAAUAUAUUUUUUUUGCUUUCUUUAUUUAAGAAAUUAUUGCUUCUUUUGCAUCUGAAACUGGAAAGAUGAGUAACGGAACAUUGCAAAUAAAGAACUUAAGUUGCUGA